UCUAAGUACGCAAAACACGCUCUUCCUACAUUCCUUUCGGACUCAUUCUCUCUUUACCUUAUCACACAAGAAAGAAAACAAACACAAAUGGGAGGUCACCUACUCCUCCCUCCAUCUCUGGUAAUUCAUUCAUUCUUCACCUCAUUCUUUUCCUUAAACUAUUCAAUGUCUUUAAUACAAUUUUAGAUAUGUAUGCAAAUCUCAUCCUUCUAAUUAGUUUUGUCAAGAAUCACAUCAGAACAGAACGCAUUGCGUGUAUUAAUUGAUCAAGGAUCAUACAGGUGACAAAUAAAUGCAAAGUUGGAAUAGUGUACCAAACUUGAGAGACCACUCUGAAUUUGAACAAGCAUUUUUAUUACCUCCUAACAAUAAAAUGAGUGGUAGUAGUAGUAGUAAUAGAUAUGAUGAAAUAGGUGAAUUAUGUAUAGAUGGAUUAGUAUCAGGAAUGGGCGGAAUGAGGCUAAAUCAACGUACAUAUUCAGAUAGUUUGUUAUCUGAGGCGGUGCAGCAGCAGCAGGAUGUACCUUAUUGGUUGAAAGAUCUCCUUGACGAUGAUGAUGACGAGCCUGUAGAAGAAAAACCUCCUAGCAGGACUCAUAGAAGAUCAUCAAGUGACUCAAUAGCAUACUUACAUGAUAAAAGUAUACUUCUUCAAGAUCCUGAUAGGAAGGAACGGAAUAUUAAUGUAACAAACCCACAACUCUCCUUUCUGCACCAACAACUUCCUAGAAUUGAUCCUUCAAAACGUGUCAGAAGGCAUUCAGCUCAACAGUACCGGGCGAGGAAAGUUCAAUACAUUGGAGAACUAGAAAGAAGUGUUCAAUCUUUACAGGCAGAAGGAUAUGAAGUUUCAGCAGAGCUUGAAUUUCUUGAUCAGCAAAACCUGAUAUUAGGUAUGGAGAACAGGGCCCUCAAACAACGCUUGGACAGUUUAUCUCAAGAGCACUUCAUUAAAUGCUUGGAGCAGGAAGUGCUUGAGAAAGAAAUCUCAAGGCUUAGAAAUCUUUAUCAACAACAACAACAACACAGGCAGCAGCAGCAGCAGCAAAAACACAAUGGUAGAAAUCGAUCUAAACGUCAAGAUAUCGAUUCGUCAAUUGCCAAACUCCCUUUCAAGAAUAAGGGAACUGAGUCAUCACAGAAAGCCAUAUAGAUAGAUUCUCAAAAUAUGUAUUAACAUCGCAACAAAGUCAUCCAUAUAUAUUAGUUUACAUUUUAUUCAAAUUGGUGUUGCCAUGCAUUGACAAUAGCAUGAGUUCAGGUAGGAUAUAAAAUUCUCCAUGUAAACUAUACGUUCUUCGUUUAAUAAAUUUAAUAUUUAAGGUCCGUUUAAAUAAGAAUA